GGCUUCUCGAUAGGCUGGCGGGGUAGCCAAUCUGUGAGAGGGCCAUCUGAUUCUUAGCGCCUGAAGAGUAGAGCGCUCUCGGUUGGGGGCUUUCACUCGAGUGACUCCAGAUUUAUUCUUUGCUGCCUCUGCCUUCACAAUGACUGCCCCUUGGAAAGACAUUUUGUGUAAUGUCCAGCUCAUUCAGUAUGUGGCACCAAUUGCAGUGGAUUCAGCACUACUUGAAGGUGUUCUCAUGAGGACCAAAGAUGACCCCAAUUCCUCUGAUGUGGUGAAUUAUGCUCCCUUUACACUGCUCCCAUCUGCAGUACCAAGCAGUCUACUUGAGCAAGCCUAUUCAGUUCAACAAGACUUUAACCUGCUGGUAGAUGAAGUUAGCCGGAACACAGAAUUUCUGGAAAGCACUCUUGCAAGUACUGUCAAAGUAGAUGACUUUACAGCUCAGCUUUUCAAAAUUUACAAGCAAGUUUUGAAAGAAGGAGUAACUCAGUCUGUGUUUUUAGGAAUUAAUCGCUCUGAUUACAUGUUUGACUAUGGUGCAGAAGGCACUCCAGCUCUAAAGCAAAUAGAAAUAAACACUAUUGCUGCCAGCUUUGGAGGCCUCACAUCUAGAACUACUGCAGUGCAUCGGCAUGUGUUGAACGUUAUAGGGAAAUCUAAGGAAGCCUCAAAAUUACUAACCAAUAAUCCAGCCAAAGGGAUUGCAAUGGGCAUUGCAAAAGCUUGGGAACUCUACGGCUCAGACAGAGCAGUGGUAAUGUUCCUAGUUGAAGAGGCUCAGAGGAAUAUUUUUGACCAACGCUGUGUAGAAAAUGAACUUUGGAUGAGGAAUAUCCGGGUGAUCCGAAGAAGAUUUAAAGAUGUGUUUGAAAAAGCGUCUUUGGACAAUGACAAGAGAUUGCAUAUAGAUGGAGAGGAAAUUGCAGUGGUGUACUAUAGAGAAGGAUACGUGCCAAAGAAUUAUAACAAACAGAACUGGGAGGCACGGUUGCUGUUGGAAAGAUCUAGAGCAGUUAAGUGCCCUGAUAUUGCCACACAGCUUGCUGGGACCAAAAAAGUUCAGCAGGAGCUGAGCCGACCAGGAACACUGGAAAAAUUACUGCCAAAUAAACCAGAAGCAGUGGCUCGAUUAAGAGCUACAUUCACCGGCCUUUAUUCUCUGGAGAUGGAUGAAGAAGGUGAUAAGAUUAUUGCCAUGGCUAUUGCUGACCCAGACCGCUUUGUGUUAAAGCCACAACGUGAGGGAGGAGGGAACAACCUCUAUGGUGAAGAGCUCAAGCAGCUUCUAGAGAAAAUUAAAGACAGUCCAGAAAGGACCUCCUACAUUCUCAUGGACAAGAUAAAGCCUCUCCCUGCACUGAAUUAUUUACUGAGGGCUCACAGUCCACUGAAAGUAUCAGAAUGUGUGUCUGAAUUGGGAAUUUUUGGAGUCUACAUCAGACUGGGUCAGGAUCUUGUGGUGAACAAGCAUGUUGGCCAUCUCUUGCGAACAAAGGCUGUCGAACAUGCUGAUGGUGGAGUAGCAGCUGGAGUAGCUGUUCUGGAUACUCCCUAUGUGAUAUGAAAACAGAAUACCUCAUCACUGAUAUCUUCCUCACUGUGCUUAGACAUUCUCUUUUAGGGCAUGAUUGCCAAUGGGUGGACUUGACAAUCAGAUCAAUACUGGAAGCCCUCCUCUCACCAGUGACCCUAAGAUACAAAGCAGGCAGAGUUGCACUGCUGUUUCCUGGUCUCAAGAAAAUACUGGAUUCCAGUUGACUUUCUUUGAUAAUUUCAUGUUUGAAGCACCCUUAACAUGCUUCUCACAGACUUCAUGCCCUUUUACUGUACUGUGACCAUGGACAAUCUGUUGAUGUUCUAAUCAGGCAUUUCCUGAGAUAG